GAGUCGCACAACUCGUCCUCUGUGUCGCUCGAUCCCCCAACUCCCCCACUAGCGCUCGCGCUAGCCGCUAGGGUUGCAGGCCGCCGCCGUCGCGUCGCCCGACAGCCCGUCCCGACCUCACCGGCCGCUGGCCUCGACGCCCUCCGCCCCCUCCGCCUCGGCCGCUGGCCUCGACGCCCGACGCCCCGGCCGCUGACCUCGAAGCCCGACGUCGCCGCAGCGAGGAUCACGGUAUUCGAUUUCCUGACUAGAGCUGUGUUCAUGUCGCAAGAAUUGGAGCGUGCAGCAAUGGCGGCCGCGCCCCGUGAGGUUCCGACGCCCUUGGCCUCCGCUAUUCUUCUUCUGCCGGCCAAAAGGGUGAAGCAAGAUCCGAGUUGUCCGGAACCCUCGUCCGCGGUUCCGGCCAUGGAGGCCGCAGGCUGGUCCACGCUCUCGGGUGACCUCAUCCGCCGCAUCGCCGACUCCUUCCUCGCCAACAACGACCUGGACUACUACAUGUCUGUCCGCGGCGUCUGCCCCACCUGGCGUGCCGCCACCGACGACCCCACCAGCCACACCGGGGACUCCCGCUUCCAUUCGCGCGGGUGGAUCGUCCUGGACGAGGACUUCCAGGGCGACGGCAGGCGGGUCUUGCUCAACACCCUCACCGGCCGCUUCUUCCGCAAGAAGCUGCCGCUGCUGCUGGAUUACUACAUCAUUGGUACCAGUCAGGGCUUCUUCGUCCUGGCAGACAGGAGCCCUCCUCACGCCCCUCGUGUCUUCAAUCCUCUCACCAGCUGCAUGGUUCGUUUUGCGGCGCCCGUGCCCUGUGAGGUGGGGCUCUCUGAAGUUGACUCCUCGCUGGCGCUCGCUUUGUUCUGCGACUCAUCUCGCACGAUUUACAAGGCUGCUCGUGACAGUGAACAUUUUGUCGCUGUCAAGACGAGGUCUAAAAAGCCGGCGGUUUACGAUUGCUUCCGCAAGGCGGCUGUAGGUGGUGUCUACGCAGAAAUCAGUGGUCUGAAAUCAACCGUAUUAGCUGAGACGAUUACAAUUUUACCCAUGGCUAUGCGGGCUUGUUUUAGUGCUGAUUCUGAGUUUUACUCCGAUCUUCAUAGAGAUGUGAAGGACCUCCAGAGUUCCCUGGUGGUUUUAUCUGGACAGAUGUUGCUCGUCGUGGGUGCGCCCAUUCCCUUUGUUUGCCAAGUGGACAUCGAUGCAGCUAGGUUGCAUCCUUUGAGGAGCAUCGACAGAUUUGCCAUCUUCCUCAGUAACCGGAGGUGCCUAGCUGUGGACACUGACAUGUUCCCAUCGAUUAAUGCAAACUGUAUCUAUUUCAUUCAUCUUCUGGGUACGUCUGCUUAUAUAUGCAAGUCCAACAUAGAGGACAGGAAAGUAGAGAGGAUCUCUGAAAAUCCAGAUUUCGUGAAGCAGGGCAAGCAGUUUGUCCUCGUCGCUUGCCGUCCUGUGACGGUCAUCCAGCUUCUAUCGAGCUACACCAUCAACAUCCCGGAUUCUCAGCUGGCACUGCAACAGAUGCCAUAAGGUGCCGGUCAGAUCUUCAUUUUGCUCUGGGGAUAGUGAUCUCGAUGGCCAACCGACAAGGCUAUGCUUCUGCGAAGCAACUGCUACUUCUUUUUUUUUUUGUUAUUUUGGACAUGCCUUGCCUUGGAGAAGAUAUAGGGAGCAUAAGAAGGACUUGCAU